AUGAGAAGCAUUGAGGCGGUUGUUACAGACGUUUGGAGAAUUUCGCAAGGACAAGCUGACAUUAUGGUAUAUUCCCAUUCUAGUUACCAAACCGGAAACGGCAUCAACGCCCAAGAAAGCGGACGUGGAGGCCCAGGACCACAAGACGGAACAUCCGCUCAAGGAUCCUACUCUUACACCGGCCCUGAUGGACAGGUAUACACCAUCACUUACACCGCUGAUGCCAAUGGAUUCGUGCCCCAGGGUGCUCAUCUCCCAACUCCACCACCAAUCCCAGAGGAAAUCCUCAAGUCCCUCCAGUACAACGCCGCCAACCCACAGUCCGAGUACAACACCGGUGACUACAACACUGGAGCUGGAACUGGAGGCUACAGGCCAUCCUUCCCCGGUGGUAGGCCCGCUCCAUCCUACAACCCAUCCUCUGGAUACCAUUACAGGAAGUGAUCAACGACAACGUAUACGACAAACGUGCCAACAAAAACCAUUUACCUAGGAUAAGUCCAUGUGAUACUCAUUUAUUGUAUAUAAUCAUGUCAUAUUAAACAAUUUUUAUACUUAUAUAAAUAAAUAUCAAGUGCAAUAAAGCAAUUAUUUGUAUACGCAUUGAGUUUCAUUCACAAAAUCCUUUCUUCAACUCUUUUUUUACAUAUGACUUUUAAUGAGAAACAAAGAAAGCAUCGGAAU